AUGGAUCUACAACGUUGUCAUCACUGCAAUUCUGUUGGACAUAAAAAGUUUGAUUGUACAGAGAGAUGCCGUGUUGGUUGUAAUUGGUGUGAAAGGCCUCCAGCAAGGAGACGUCCUGCAUUUUCUAAAAAUAACCUAGAUUCUCAACAAAGACAAAAUGGAAAGAGAAAUGUUCUAGGAUUAUCAGGUGGUAAUGGUCAAGCCAACGGUCCAACUAAUAACGGACCGUCGUCUAGAACUCCUAAUUUAGAUAGAACGAAUUCUUUAAUGGCAAGAACCCAAAAUCUCGGGCCUCCAAGUUCUGGAUGGCCUGUUGUGACACAACAACAGCCAACGCCAUCUCCACAAACAUUGUUUUUGCAAACUCCUUCACAAAAUUUACAAAAUUUACAAAAAAACAUUCAAAAUUUAAAUUUUAAUUCUCAAACGAUAACUUUGUUUCCGCAAUUACAAUUAAACACUAAUAAUUCUACGGUUACGCAACCAGCACAACCAAUUUCCAUACCAUUAAAACCGCAGCAACAACAACAACCACCUACACAGCAACUAAUUCCGAAUUGGAGUGAUUCUACUACUACUCAACAACCCCAGAUCCAACAAUCAUUAGAUACAGGAAAUGAUAAUAAAUUGCCUUACUCGAAUGUCAAUCAACUUCAUCAAUUACAAACUUCAAUAUUUAUUAAUAAUCCCCAUUUAUCGAAUGAAAUAGAUUCAAUUACUCAAGAAACAUAUCGUUCCCAGGUUCGGGAAAACCUUAUAAAUCAAUCUAAUAAGAACUCGCAAAACAAUUACGUAAGUGGACCGCAAUUCAAUAAUGUAAGUGGGCCUCAAUUCAAUAAUGUAAGUGGGCCUCAAUUCAAUAAUGUAAGUGGGCCUCAAAACAAUAAUGUAAAUGGACCACAAAACAAUAAUGUAAAUGGACCACAAAAUAAUAAUGUCAAUGGGCAACCGGUUAAUGGAGAUUGUGAAAAGAAUGACCCAAUAAGUCUUAAAGAUGGAAGAAAACACGGGAAUUCGUCCAUUGAGAUCAUUAAUAAGUUAAAAUUGUUAAAAAACAAGAUCGAAUUAGGCCUUCAUCCAAGGAUAAGGCCUUCCAAAUCUUCCUGGAUCCCACAAUUUCCAUAUUAUAAGAUAACCAAAGAAAACAAUUUAAAAAUUGGUGUAAAUGCCCCAAGAGAGCUACCUAAGAGAAGCGGACAUUUUAAUAAUUUCGUUGAAAUUAAGAUAGAAGAUUCUAAAGCAAUGCAAAAAUCGAAGAACCUUUCAUUUGAAAAUAUGUCAUCAAACAUGACUCCAAUUGAAGAUGCCAAUGGCGAUCGUCCAGUUAGAGGAAGAAGAAAUAGAUCACCUAGAUUGUCAAAAGGUGAGAUAAAUUUUGAUUAUUACCAUUCACCACCAGAAUUUCAAAGAAUGGAAAAAUAUAAUCGAAGCAGAAGUAGUCGAUCACCGAGUCCUAGACGAAGUUUUCCGGAAUUUGGUUCAACUUCUCGACCUAUAAAUGAAUUUGAUGAACGAUAUUGUUCGCGAAAUCCAGGUACUGAUUACCGUGAAAAAUAUUAUUCACGGAAUCAAGAAUAUGAAGAUUACUAUACUAGAUAUAUGGAAAAGCAACCUGAACGAGGAGGAUACCAAUUUAGAAAUGCAGAUAGAGACCCAAAUUUAUAUAGAAUGCGCUCUAGGUCCCCAGCUGCUCCUCACUCACGAAUUAAUAUAGAUAAUUAUUCACGCAGAGUAAGUGGAGGUAACGGAUGGUAUGGAGAUGAAAUGUAUGAUGAGAGGGAUUACCGACCUGGUACAUAUUAUGAUCGUUCUUUUCCCCCUAGACCUGAAGUAGAAAGAAGUUAUGUGGAAAGAGACGAAUUUUUAUCUCGCAGGCGAACUAAUGAGCGAUGGUAG